GUCCAAAAAUAGCAAUAAUUUGUUACUAAAUUUUAAAUGUUUUGUCAUGCAACUUCUUCUGGGCCACGAUUGGUCAGACCUAAGGCUAUCAGGCCAGUUGAUAUCACUAUUAAUCAAUCAGAACACCCAGAAACAAAACCUCCCCUCAACAAGCCUCAACCCAUAACACCUCCUCUCCACUCAGACUCCCUCCCACUCCCCCCUUCCCACCCCAAUGCCACUCUUCCCACACCCCUUCUCCACUCCCACCCGAUCAUACUGCCAAUCCCAACCCUCCCUCAUUCCCAACCCAAAGAUGAUGCACAGGAUCUGUUUUCGAUAGUAAUUGAGUCUUCAUUGAUGACUCAAAGGCUACAUAAGGUCCUUGAAAUUUUUCAAAAUAGCAAGAAUCCAAAUAUUAAUUCGACUAAAAUGAGUCUAGAACUAAAUGAUAACUUCCAUUCCCUUUCACUCCACUCACAAAAUCCCCCCCUCCCCUUGGCAGAUCCUUGUCCUUCCCCUCCCACUGUUCAAUCCACAAAAGCUGCUUCAGUCGGGCAAGACUCUUCUCCGAAAACUCAGUGCAUGAAGUCAAUUGGGAAAUUAGGAGGCAAAUUCGUUAAUACAGACCACCAGCCAUCCCUAUUUAGAUCACCAAAACAUCUGAUCAGAAAGCUGCAGGAAGUACAUUUAUUAAUUAAUCAAAACAAGGGUGAACCAAACCAAGAGAUACCUAAGAGAGAAAGACUCUACAAUAAUUUUAUAAAAUCUUUGCGAAAAUAUCUGGAAGAAGAUUUCAUCAAAAAUUAUGGAGGCUUUUUCUGCACCAGCAAUUCUGAACAGAUCAAGAACUAUAAUUAAAAAUCUAACUGAAUAUAUAAAAGUGUUUUUCGGUAAGGAAAUAACAACAGACAACACCUCUCUCUAUGAUGGAAAAUGGGAGGGGUUCCAAUUCAUCUUUGGCUCCUUUAUAUCAAAGAAAAUAAUGAAACAAAUGAUUUCGUCUUCAAAAGAAAAGGCUUUCUUCUACAACCUCCAAAAAUGACUGAAGAACUGAUCCCAGAAGAAACUUGCUAUUUUGUUGAAGAACGAACAUUUGGUUGAGCUGAUAAGCUUCCUAUUCGAGAGUGGGAAAAUUGUAGAGGUCUUAUCCUAA